AUGUGGUUCCCAUCUCUUGUCCAAAUCCUCUAUCUCAUAUUCCUGAGCGGCCAGUCUUACGCCAUCUUUCUCCACUUCUUCAAACCGUCCACUGGCCUCGUCAACUCCAACCGUCUCCUCCAAGUCAAAGGUCUAUCAGUUCUCGCCAUUUUGAUCUCCUUUCCCUCAAUCUUUGCGACCAGUCUACCUUCUGCAGUAUCCCAUUCCACAAAUACUGGACUGCUGCACCUGCUAUCCUGGGUUUUCUUAGCUGGCAGCUCGCUACUUGGAGUAUGGUGCGGUCAAGUUACUGGUCAAGGUAACCUCUCUGUCAUCUUUGGAAAGGUUACACCUAGGGAAGUCAUCAAUACUGGUCCAUAUGCUUUGGUCAGGCAUCCGGUUUAUGUGUCGUAUACGCUCGGUUGGCUGGGAUCUUUGAUUGCCAUGGAGCAGGAGUGGAGACACAAUCAUGCAUUCUUUGGAUUCAUCAGAAUGGUGGCCAUGGCUGUUGUCGUCAUUGGGUUGGUUGGAUUGUACAGAGAGGGUGCCGAAUUGGAGGAAAGGCAGUUUAUGCUGAAUGAGGAUGUUGUCAAGGGAGAGGUUGUCGACUUGGGAAUCAGAAGGAAGUAUGAGAGUUACAAGAGUGUGGUGGGUGCACGCUGGAUUCCUGGUAUCAUUUGA